AUGCUCUCAGGGCAGGCGUUCCUCACUAUGAACGCAGCAAAAUUAACCGACGGCGCUCAUGAGAACAACGAACAUGGACUAUCGUCCCUCAAUGAUCGUGGAUGGUGGACUAGGCAACGCUCGGAGUGGAGUGCGCAUGCUAAGCGCCGGAGUAGGAACGCCAAAGAUGACAUUAUUAUUGGCGGAAAUAUUGACACUCCGCCCGGAAUACUCCACAGCGCUGAAACUCCGGAGCUACAGGAAUUCACGAAACAAAUGUGGAACGAACAAGUACCCAUCAAUGAGGCCGUUGAACGGCUCAACCUCCUGGACGAUACCCAGAAAGACGGCGUAAUAGACAAUUUUAUGGACGGCACCGAUGCAAUCAAGUCGAAUGGCAAAGAUCUUGGUGGUGCUUCAAACAGAGAAAAUGGCGAUCCUGACGGAAGGAUGCCAGACACAUCGCAGGAACGGUCAGAGACCACAGAGGGUACAUCUGUCGGUCGACCGGAUGUUGGUAACGACACCGCCGAAUCAAACACGCCAAUAGAUUCAAAUCGUUUAAGAGAAGAUUCAAAGGCUGAAGAGGUCAUUGGUUAUGUUGCGCCAGUGGACUACAUCGAUGAAGAGCAGUACCGGAAGGAAACGGAGGAUCACCGACAUAGGGUCGAUGGAGCUGGAGGCGUAGAUGAUGAUGAUGAUGUGUUCGAUUCUGACGACGAACAUCCCACUGGUAUAGAGGAAGUAAAUUAUGCAGCACUCACAGAGAGUGAGCUAGAGCUUGUUCUUACACUCAUCCAAAGCACACUGGAGGACCCAGGGAGCCACGAGGAAAUUCUAAAAGAGUUACUGGCAGGGGAUACGGGAGGGCUGACAGAAGCGCAAUGCAGAGAAUACUUCGACAGGUUCCGGCGAAUCGGUGAUAUCCUCAUAGCUCUCAGCGAGACCGUCGGUAUGAAGCCGUUGGAUACCCGCUGGAUACCUGAAAUACAGAUGCGCAUUAGAGAUUUCAUUUCAGAUAGCGGGCAUGAAGUAUCAUCAAUCCGGUGGACGGAGAGAGACGUGAUAGUAGCACUCAAGGAUGUUGUCGCAGAGGAGAAAGCAGGCAAACUCCACGAGGCACUGGCACAAUACCUGCGUACGGAUGCCGGCGAAGGAUUUUGUCCCGGCAUAAAAAAUGUAGGACUACUGUUGUACACGGAUACCACCGGAAGUUACGACUCGGAGCUAGAAAGCGCUUCGAAAGACAAGAACAAAGGCAUCUCAAAAGGAAGAGGCGGCCCUGUCUAA